UCUUUAUAUAUUAUUUGUCGAGUUUCGCCUCUUCCUCCUUUAUCCAUCAUCACAUCAUUCUUGACGGUAAACAUCCUUCCCCGCUAAGAUUCCUUUUCUCUUAUUAUCACCCACCUCUCCUUUUCUUUCUCACCCCCACCUUCUCUUCUCAUCACCUAGCUAUAGAGAAUUCUCUUGAAUUCACGUUUCCUCAAAGAAGAAAAUCAACAGAUCAGAUCCAAUCCAGAUUCAUCGAUGGCGGAAGAACAACCGUGUCAAGCUCCUGAAGGUCACCGUCUUUGCGCCAACAACUGCGGCAUCCUCGGUAAUCCGGCAACCAUGAACCUCUGCUCGAAAUGCUACGGUGAUAUCCGAUUGAAGAAUCAACAAGACACUUCCACCAAAUCCACCAUCGAAAACGCUCUCUCAUCAUAUUCCUCCGUCGCAUCCGUCACCACACCGCCUCUUUUGACGUCAGAGCCAACCGUUGUUUCGACGCCGAUUUUAACAGAGAUCACGUCGAGUUCUGUAACAACCGGUUCGGUUGGUUCUGUUUCUAUUACGGUUCCACCGAACCGAUGUUUGAGUUGUAGAAAGCGCGUGGGGUUAACCGGGUUUAAGUGUAAGUGCGGGUCGAUGUUUUGUGGGACCCAUAGGUACCCGGAGAGACACGGGUGUGGGUUUGAUUUUAAGACGGUGGGGAGAGAGGAAAUAGCGCGAGCGAACCCUUUGAUAAGAGCGGAGAAACUACAGAGGAUUUGAUUCGAUCUUAGCCGUUGGAUGAGAUGUGGGACGGUGUGUUUGUAUUAGAUGAUUGCGGCCGUCCACGUGGACCGCCAGGAAAUGAUAUCACAUUGAUAUAUGAUUAUUAUUAUUAUAUGUAAAAUGUAUGAUUUUUCUGAUAAUGAUUUUAUGAUUUAAGAUUACAACA